CGGGGAAGCGAGGCGGCGUGCCGAGCCCUGGCAGCCGGCGCCGGCCGGCCCAGGUCCUGAGCCAUGGCGGUGUGGAUCCAAGCGCAGCAGCUGCAGGGAGAUGCCCUGCGGCAGAUGCAAGCCCUUUAUGGACAGCACUUCCCCAUUGAGGUCCGCCAUUACCUUUCACAGUGGAUCGAGAGCCAACCAUGGGACUCCAUCGACAUGGACAAUCCCCAGGAGGGUGCCAAAGCCACACAGCUGCUGGAGGGGCUGAUCCAGGAGUUGCAGAAGAAGGCGGACCACCAGGUGGGCGAAGAUGGCUUCCUUCUGAAGAUCAAGCUGGGCCACUAUGCCACGCAAUUGCAGAACAUGUACGAACGUUGCCCUAUGGAGCUGGUACGCUGCAUCCGACAUAUCCUCUACCACGAGCAGCGCCUGGUGCGAGAGGCCACAGAUAGCCCCUCCCAAGUUAGCAGUCCGGCCGACGCCCUCUCCCAGAAGCACCUGCAGAUCAACCAGACCUUUGAGGAGCUGCGCUUGGUCACACAGGAUACCGAGAACCAGCUGAAAAAGCUUCAGCAGACGCAGGAAUUCUUCAUUAUCCAGUACCAAGAGAGCCUUCGCCUACAAGCCCAGUUUACUCAGCUCUCCCAGCUGAGCCCCCAGGAGCGCAUGGCCCGUGAGCCCAAUUUGCAGCAGAAGAAGGCAUCGUUGGAGGCAUGGUUGCACCGCGAGGCCCAGACACUACAGCAGUAUCGCGUGGAGCUGGCUGAAAAGCACCAACAGACCCUGGCCCUGCUCCGCAAACAGCAGACGAUCAUCCUGGAUGACGAGCUGAUCCAGUGGAAGAGGCGGCAGCAGCUAGCAGGGAAUGGUGGGCCUCCCGAGGGCCCCUUAGAUGGGCUGCAAGCCUGGUGUGAGAAGCUGGCGGAGAUCAUCUGCCAGAACCGGCAGCAAGUGCGUCGUGCCGAACACCUGUGCCAACAGCUGCCCAUCCCUGGGCCUAUUGAGGAGAUGCUGGCAGAACUCAACAGCACCAUCACUGACAUCAUUUCUGCCCUGGUCACUAGCACCUUCAUUAUUGAGAAGCAGCCUCCCCAGGUGCUGAAGACCCAAACCAAGUUUGCAGCCACGGUGCGGCUGCUGGUUGGCGGGAAGUUGAAUGUGCACAUGAACCCCCCUCAGGUGAAGGCCACCAUCAUCAGCGAGCAGCAGGCCAAAGCCCUGCUCAAGAAUGAGAGCACUCGCAACGAGAGCAGCGGCGAUAUCUUGAACAAUUGCUGCGUGAUGGAAUAUCACCAGGCAACUGGAACGCUGAGUGCACACUUCCGCAACAUGUCACUCAAGCGGAUCAAACGUUCGGACCGGCGUGGGGCCGAGUCGGUGACGGAGGAGAAAUUCACCAUCCUCUUCGAGUCCCAGUUCAGUGUCGGCGGCAAUGAGCUGGUCUUUCAGGUGAAGACGCUGUCUCUCCCCGUCGUGGUGAUUGUGCACGGCAGCCAGGACAACAACGCCACCGCCACAGUGCUGUGGGACAACGCGUUCGCCGAGCCAGGCCGCGUGCCCUUUGCCGUGCCAGACAAAGUCAUGUGGUCCCAGCUGUGUGAGGCCCUCAACAUGAAGUUCAAGGCCGAGGUCCAGAGCAGCCGAGGGCUCACCAAGGACAACCUGCUCUUCCUGGCUCAGAAGCUCUUCAACAGCAACAUCAACCACCUCGAAGAGUACAACAACAUGCCCGUCUCCUGGGCCCAGUUCAACAGAGAGAACCUUCCAGGGCGGAAUUACACAUUUUGGCAGUGGUUCGACGGGGUGAUGGAAGUCCUGAAGAAACACUUGAAGCCACAUUGGAAUGACGGGGCUAUCCUAGGUUUUGUCAACAAGCAGCAGGCCCAUGACUUGUUGAUCAACAAGCCAGACGGGACCUUCCUCCUCCGGUUCAGCGACUCCGAGAUUGGGGGCAUCACGAUCGCCUGGAAGUUCGAUAACGCUGAAAGGAUGUUCUGGAACCUGAUGCCCUUCACCACGCGUGACUUCUCCAUCCGCUCCCUGGCAGACCGCCUCGGUGACCUUGCUUACCUCCAGUUCGUGUACCCUGAGCGUCCCAAGGAAGAAGUCUUUUCCAAAUACUAUACGCCGGUCCUUGCAAAGGCCGUGGAUGGAUAUGUGAAGCCACAAAUCAAGCAAGUUGUGCCAGAAUUUCUCCCCACGACCGGGGAUUCUUCAAGCGGAGGGACUGCCUACAUGGAUCAAUCCCCGUCCCCGGGCGUCGGCUCCUCCUCCCACUACAACUUGUAUCCACAGAACCAUGACUCCGUACUGGAUACCGAAGGGGAAUUCAACCUAGACGACUCGAUGGACGUGGCGCGACACGUGGAGGAGCUUCUGAGGCGCCCCAUGGAUAGCCAGUGGAUCUCACAUGCGCAGUCAUGACCCCUCCGCCCCUCCCCUGGAGAGACCAUGCACAGACUGUGAAACACGGGGUGGGCGGGGCGCUUCUGACUGGGAGCCCGGCGGCAGCAGCAGCAGGGGCAGUGUUACCACACCCCACAGGGAGGAAGGCAGGCAGGCUCACCCUGCUCUGUCUGAGGGGGUGUCCGACGGGCAAGUGGGCGUCGUCUCUCCACUCGCCCAUGUACAAAAAGCAGUGACGUGUAUUGCUUGGUUUCCCCGUCUGCUCUUCUGAGGGGCCUUCCUCCCCUCGGGCCUUCUGCUUCAGCACACCACAAGCGACCGCCGAGCUGUUGUUUUUUGAGGUUAAUUUGUGCUGAGGAUCAUUCCCUACCCUCCUCUUCCUCCAGUUUCAACACACUGCCGUACUUUACCCAGAAGCCUUUGGGGCCUUUCGUGGGCUGGGGAAAGAGGGCGCUGAGCUGUGGAGGAGACGUAGGCCUUAUUUGAAGUUGUUUUUUUUUUUUGUGGUAAACUCUUUUCCUUGUGUCUGAUGUCGUGUGUCCCGUCCCCCGUCCCCCCCACCGCCCCAGCUGCGCCCGGGAUAAACGGUGUAUGUUGCCCACAUACGGCUUGUGUUUACCUUCGCUCAAGCACUUGUGUGACAUAUGCGAAAGGCACUGACUCUUUCGGAGACCUGCUUCUAGUCGGACACCUUAGACGCCUAAGCCUGGUCACCCCAGGGUCCUUUGGGCUGACCCC